AAGAAGCGGUGGCGGCGGCGGCGGCGGCUCCUCGGGCUCCGAGCAAGAAUAAUGCGGUAGCAAGGCGGGCUGCUUGCUCCCGGUUCUGGCAUUAGCGCCUUCAGCCUGAGCAACGGCACCGGCAUCACCCCAGGCGCUGACAGCCACGCCGACCGGCUCCCUUGCUGAUUGCCGACUGUCAAUGGAGCUGGAAAACAUCGUGGCCAAUACGGUGUUGCUGAAAGCCCGGGAAGGGGGUGGAGGAAAGCGCAAAGGGAAAAGCAAGAAGUGGAAGGAAAUCCUGAAGUUUCCUCACAUCAGCCAGUGUGACGACCUCCGAAGAACCAUAGACAGAGAUUACUGCAGUCUAUGUGACAAGCAACCAAUUGGGAGACUGCUUUUUCGACAGUUCUGUGAAACCAGGCCUGGACUGGAGUGCUACAUUCAGUUUCUGGACUUAGUGGCAGAGUAUGAAGUUACUCCAGAUGAAAAACUUGGAGAGAAGGGGAAGGAAAUAAUGACCAAGUAUCUCACUCCAAAGUCCCCAGUCUUCAUAGCCCAAGUUGGCCAGGACCUGGUCUCCCAGACAGAGGCGAAGCUCCUGCAGAGGCCUUGCAAGGAACUCUUCUCUGCUUGUGCUCAGUCUGUCCAUGAUUACUUGAAGGGAGACCCCUUCCAUGAGUACCUGGACAGCAUGUACUUCGAUCGUUUUCUGCAAUGGAAAUGGUUAGAAAGGCAACCAGUGACCAAAAAUACUUUUCGGCAGUACCGAGUGCUGGGCAAAGGGGGCUUUGGAGAGGUCUGUGCCUGCCAGGUUCGGGCCACAGGUAAAAUGUAUGCUUGCAAACGCUUAGAGAAGAAGAGGAUCAAAAAGAGGAAAGGAGAGUCCAUGGCACUCAAUGAGAAGCAGAUUCUUGAGAAAGUCAACAGCCAGUUUGUGGUCAACCUGGCCUAUGCCUAUGAGACCAAAGAUGCUCUGUGCCUGGUCCUGACCAUCAUGAAUGGGGGUGAUCUGAAGUUUCACAUCUACAACAUGGGGAACCCUGGCUUUGAAGAAGAGCGAGCCUUGUUUUAUGCAGCUGAGAUCCUCUGUGGCCUGGAAGACUUACACCGUGAGAACACUGUCUAUAGAGAUCUGAAACCAGAGAAUAUCCUGCUGGAUGAUUAUGGCCACAUUCGGAUCUCAGACCUGGGACUAGCCGUGAAGAUCCCUGAAGGAGACCUUAUACGUGGCCGUGUGGGCACUGUUGGUUACAUGGCCCCAGAAGUCCUGAACAACCAGCGAUAUGGCCUGAGUCCUGACUACUGGGGUCUGGGCUGUCUCAUCUAUGAGAUGAUUGAAGGCCAGUCACCGUUUCGAGGCCGCAAGGAGAAGGUUAAGCGGGAAGAAGUGGAUCGCCGGGUGCUGGAGACUGAAGAGGUAUACUCCCCCAAGUUCUCUGAAGAGGCCAAGUCCAUCUGCAACAUGCUGCUCACCAAAGACUCGAAGCAGAGGCUGGGCUGCCAGGAGGAAGGGGCUGCUGAAGUCAAGAGGCACCCCUUCUUCAGGAACAUGAACUUCAAGCGCCUGGAGGCUGGGAUGUUGGACCCUCCCUUCGUUCCAGAUCCCCGGGCUGUGUACUGCAAGGAUGUGCUGGACAUCGAGCAGUUCUCUACUGUGAAAGGUGUCAACUUGGACCAUACGGACGAUGACUUCUACUCUAAGUUCUCCACAGGAUCUGUGCCAAUCCCAUGGCAAAAUGAGAUGAUAGAAACAGAAUGCUUCAAGGAGCUGAAUGUUUUUGGACCCAAUGGUACCCUCUCACCAGACCUGAACAGAAAUCAGCCGCCAGAACCUCCAAAGAAAGGGCUGUUUCAUAGACUCUUCAGGCGCCAGCAUCAGAAUAAUUCCAAGAGUUCACCCACUCCUAAGACCAGUUGUAACCACCGCAUAAAUUCAAACCACAUCAGUUCAAACUCUACUGGAAGCAGCUAGUUUCAGCUCUGGUCUUGAAGUCCAAAGUGGAAUCAGCUCAGACCCUUCUACUUGGAAGUGGAACUUGUAGCUGAUGGAGCUUCUACUAUGGCUGGGUAGCCAGGAGAGCUCCCCUGGGAACUGGGAUAGGAUACUGUUCACCCCAACAACAAGCCUCCAAGUUUCUCAAAGAAAUUUCCACUCAGGUCUGCUUUUCAAGGUGGCCCCAAGCUGGGGUGAACUAGAAUUGUCCUUGUUGAAUAUUGCAAUAGAAACCCAAUGGGAUAUGCAACUUGCAUGGAUUUUAAUAGCAUCCUAAUUAGAACUGAAUUUUGUCUUUAUCAUUUUUAAAGGAAAGUUUUGUAAAUUUCUCUAUUGUCUCAGUUUACAUUUUGUAUAUUUGUAUUUAACUGAAAGUCAGACUUUGAGGGUGUAUAUUUUCUGUGUAGCCACUUUUAAGCCAUGUGUUUUAAGCCAUUUUAGAUGGGGGGUUUUACAAAAAAAAAAUGUGACUCUAGACUUCCAGAGCUUGAGAAGAGAAAAUGUUUUUUAUUAAAUGUAGAAAAUGUUUUGCCUUUUACCUUUUAAGCCCUGAUUGCAUCCACCUAUAUUCAUCUCUCUGAUCUUUUCCUCAGUGUAGCUCUCACUCUCUUGUUGACUUAUAACAAUUAGAAUGAAUUGCCAAAAUGCACUUGAGACAUUCCUCCCUCAAACACUCUCUGUGGGGUGGCGCAUCCUUGGUAAGAUUACUUCUAUGGUCAGGCAUUUGACACUGCAGCUUCUCUUGUUCUCCUGCUGUUGGGUGUCUGGCAUUGCAGGGCAGGGAAUCCCAAGUCAUUGGGCUGCAGAUCUUGGCAGCUAAAGCCAGUGGUUUUCAAGAGAUUUCUGUUGUAUUUGGGGAUUUCUCCUAUAUAUUAUUUUUAGUAGUUUAUACUGAUGAUAAGGACCAGUAGGAAACCCAAGUGUUCCAAACCAUGGGAUUAUGGAAAAGUAUGAAUUGGGGGGGUCCAUCAUGAGUGACUACCUCCAUGCCUGUUUAGGCCUUGGCUGGUCAGUAAAGUGAUCACCAUAUCAUGACACCUUCAUGGGGUCCCACAGAUUUGUUGCCUCAUGCGACAUGAAGGAAGUCAUCUUUCCAGGCAAGUGGGAUGCCUAAGAAGAAACCUGUACUGGCGAAGUACAAAACAAUCUUAUUGUCACUUCCCAAGGAGAUCUUGGCCAAGGGCUCGUUCUAAUUGGGCAUCUUAAAGUCACAGGCACAAGUCACUCAUGGAAGACUUGAUGGACUCAACCUUUCCAGCCCUGGGGAGUUGUUGUCCAGCCCCUAAAAUCCCAGGAGGUGACAAGGUACAGAUUGGCCCUCACCUUCUCACCAGGACAGAGUAAGCAGCUGGUCUCACUGCUCCCCUGGGAGGAUGAGACUCUGAGUGUGACUCUGCCUCAAAAUUUGUGUCAGCCACCAACUACUGGGGUUUCUUACAGGGUGAGCCAGGUGCUACUGUAAUCAGCUCCUGUUAAAAUGCAGAUUACUGGGCAACACCCCAAGCCAAUACUUGAUGAUCUCAUUUUGUAGUCCAGGCUGGUUUCAAAUUAAAGAUCCUCCUGCCUCAGCCUCCUGAAUUCUAGGAUUACAAGUGCAUAAUACCAUGAAAAAUGAAUCUUUCCUAAGCUGCUCAGACCCUUCUGAUUCCCCAUAGUGUGAGAGCCAUCCCCCAAGCCUUUGUGUAUGGCCAUUCCGAAUGUGUUUUCCUGAGACACCUGACAGCUUUGAGACUUCAGCCUGUCAGGAGGAAAAUCCCAAGCAUUUUAGUCUCAUGUCUUUGAUUCCAAGCUCUUCCAGGGCUCACUGCUAGAAAGGAGCCUGGUCUUUGGGACUAAUCAUCCUGAAGUCAGUUAACCAUGAGAGAAGAAACAGCCAGGCUCUAUGAUGCAUGAUUAACCUCAAGCCUGGCUCCUUGACUGCUUCUGAACUUUUGAAGGGCUGAAUAUGAAUCAAAUGCAAAUGACCAUAUCCAGGUUCUACUGGGGAGUAGGACACUCAGUACUUCCAGAUCCUCAAGCUGUUGCUCAUGCUUCUUCUUUCAGGAAAAAAAAAAAGAAUUGUCAUCUUUCUGGUAUGGUUAUAAGCCCCAGCCACACACAACCCCUGACUCCUUUUCACAGGUUUGUUCUUAUUUCCCCACCCAAAGUCAUUUAACUCUUGUCAAAUAGGUAAUGGUUAGGAAAGUUUCUCCUUAGGCCUCAAAAUCAAGGCAGUGUCCAUUUUCAGCAGAGAACCUGUAAACAGAGACUGCACUUUUGUUUCCCAGCUACCCAGACCUGAAUAAUCACACAGAACUAUAUUAAUUACAACACUGUCAGGCCAAUGGUUUAGGCAUAUUCCUAGUUAGCUCUUACAUCUUAACCCAUUUCGAUUAAUCUACAUAUUCCCACAAGGUUGUGACUUACCAGUAAUGUUCUGGCAUCUUUCUCCUUCGGUGGCUACAUGGCAUCUCCAUGACUCUGCCUUCCUUCCUCCUCUAUCUCUGCCUAGAUUUCCUGCCUUGCUAUAUUCUGCCUUGCCAUAGGCCAAAGCAGCUUCUCUAUUAACCAAUGGUAAUAAAACAUAUUCACAGCAUACAGAGGAACAUCCCACAUCAAGAACACCCAGGAAGCUAAACGGAAAACAGCUACAUGGCAUCUCCAUGACUCUGCCUUCCUUCCUCCUCUAUCUCUGCCUAGAUUUCCUGCCUUGCUAUAUUCUGCCUUGCCAUAGGCCAAAGCAGCUUCUCUAUUAACCAAUGGUAAUAAAACAUAUUCACAGCAUACAGAGGAACAUCCCACAUCAAGAACACCCAGGAAGCUAAACGGAAAACACAAAUCUGUCUACCAUGUAUUUGCAUCAUGAGGUCCUGAAAGACCUGUGCACUGAAAUGGACCUGAGUGCCUAUGGGAGGCAGGGAUAGACACAUGUUUCAGUCUUUCAGUUUGUUUUGGCCUACUCAUGACUUCAUAGCAAGAAACAGUGCCUGGAAAGUGUCCCUCCUCCCUGACUAAGUCUUCCUCCUUCCUUUGUUUCUAUAGCUGCAUUUUAAAGGUAUUUUUUUUUUUUGGUUUUAAAAUGAAAAUAAGCCCUCUGCCAUGUCCAGGAGAAAGUGUAUGUGGACACUCUGUUGUGCACAUGAACUCUUUGCAGAAGAACCUUUCUUGCUUCAAGUGUGGCAUGUUUCUAACUAAAUGUCCCUCGGCUUGGAGUGAGAAGCUUCUCUGCUUUUGCUGUUUGGGAAAUAGGCCUCUGUCUGCAGUAUGUAGGGUGUAACCUCUGCUGUUACCAUUCUGACUUAAAAUUGUCCAUUAUACACUUUAGUGGGGGGAAGGUGGACUCUGAAUAUCAUCCCCAGAAUAUCAAGAAUGUCUGAUCCUCACCUUCCAGGAAGAUGGUGUAUAUCCUCUACUCAUUCUUGAAUCUGAACUACACAAGGCUCCAAAUUUACUCACCUGCCUAGGGGCUAAGCCUGGCUGUAGCCACAGGACUGGUCUCUGAAAUAUUUUGUUUUCUGGGAGGGCAGGCAGCAAGAGAAGAGGCCUGCCACACAGACCCAGAUCACAGGUAGCCCCAGUGAUAUGUAUGCCUGACAGGCACUGGCUCAUGAUGUUUCUGAUGAGUUUACGCAUGGGGACAUGUGCACAGCAUUUCUUUGCAUCAGAGUCACAAGUAAAAUGAGAGUCUGCCUCAAAGCGGAGACCAACCCCCUGAGAAAGCUGAGGCUGGGAAGCUUCCGUGCUUCUCCAAGGAACUCAGCCCAAUAUUGCAAUCUAUUUUUUUUUUUCUUCUGGACCAAGUACUUUCUUGAAAGGUUGGCUUUACUUUCCAGCAAAUUAAGUGAGUCACUAACCUCAACACAGAGCAGGCCAUGCAGCCUCCCGGAGCCUGGCAUUCUAAGCCUUGACAAAGGGAAUGGUGGCAGCUUCUUGAACAGCUAGAGGUCCCAAGAGAAAGAAAAAAGCAACACUGGGAUCUUCUCUUGGGCAAUCGUGUGCUUUCUUUUCUGAUUGUAUCCUCAUCCCCUUCCAAGUAUCUUCAUAAACUAAUACCCUGAAAUAGGACCUUCUAACGUAGGUUUUGCUAUGGAAAAGCAGUAUAAAGUCUCUUCCUCCAGACUACAGUUGGGAAGCCCUACCCUGGCCCACUUUCUAUACCUGCUUGUACAGCCAGCCACCCAGCUAGUGAAACUGGCAGGUAUGUAGGCCAGCUCCUGUACAGGCACAUAAAGUAUCUCCUCUGGCUCAGACUGAAAAUUCAUGACUCAGGACAAUGAUUUAACAUGUGACAAGCUAGGUCACCCUAGGAAAGAAGCUGGGUCACCUAAAGGAAGAUGCUGGGUAUUGGGCAUUUUUCCAGUUUAUUGACCUACCAUUCCUAUAAUUGAUCACAAAUAAAUAUAGUCCAUUAGAAGGGCAUUGUGGCUGCUGGCAUUGUUAGAAUAAUAACUCUAGUAUCCAAAGGUUUUCAUUUUGGAGGUUAUUCUCAAUGAUAAUAGCUUCUGUUGUGCUGCUCUGAACCUCUCAUGCUCCAUCCACUAUGUCACAGUGCCACCAUGUCUAGCCACAACCACUGUUGUUUUAUAAAGAUAAAUAAAUUCCUUAAUGAAUAUAAUACUGCAUUUCUUUUCUUCUGUGGAAAUACUGACCUCUUCUGUUUGUGUGACAUUUGCCUGAAACUUGUUCAUACUGACUGCAAUAGCCCCUCAGUUAAUCCUUUCUCAAGUCAGUUCCACCCAAACCAAAUCUGGCCCUCGCACUGACCACACCAAGAACUGCCAUCACGUUAACUCUGGUAAGCAGUACCUAAGGAGGCCAGCAGAACUCUUCCAAGGCCAUCAGAGUUUGAACACAAACCCAGCAGUUUCUAGUCAUGA